CAUGCAGUUGAUAGUGUACUCAGUGUUAUGUAUCCUUGCGGUCUCAGGAUCUCCGGCUCAUUACGACCAGCGUCAAGAAGGUACCCUAAAUGUCCACGCGCUGCUCAAAAAUCUCUAUUUAGUAAUCUUGGUACCAAGUGUCGAACCACCCAAACCAUCAGUUGCUUCCGAGGAGAUUGAUUCAUGGCCAAGUGUCCUCGAACAAUUGUUGGAGUUCAAAAGAGAUUCGACUAGAAAUGGAAUUACGGAGAGUGGUGACAAAAAUUUUACUGAGAAUGGUUUAAAGCAUGGACGUGACGCUAAUACUAAUAAUAAUACUGAUUCGCAUGAUGAAGAUUCAGACAAAAAAAAUAAAAAUAAUAAUGAUACUGAACAAGUGACUGAUCACUUAGAAUCUAAGUUACUCGGAGAUGGCAUUGAAAAUUGUGGCCCUGACAGAUUUCGCGAUCGCUUUGGUAUUUGUCAAUUUGUCACUUCAUUGAGAAACUAAUUUUUUUUUUAUUAUUAUUCAAUACACUAGAAAAAAAUAAUUUUUAAGAAAAAUUGUAAAAUUUUUUUAAUGGAAGAAAUAA